AGUGAGAGAGAGGGAGAGGUAGAGAGAGAGAGCACAAGAAACAGAGAGAAGGAGGGAGGGACGGAGCGAGCGAGUGAGUGAGAGAGAGGGAGUGCAAGGGGAGGGGUGUUUGGGCAGAGGCUGUUUUCAAUGAGGAAGCAGCCGAGCCAUUUUCACCGUUGAGUAACAGCACGCUGCUCGCCGCCAAGAGAGUGAGGGAAGGAGAGAGAGAGAGAGAAAGAAAGUGCUCCUCUUGUUCUUUUUUCUUCCAAUUUUUAAAUGAAAAUACCACAACCUGGGCAAUCAUUUUGGCCCCCUUUCUUUCUACAGUGUCCUCCCGCUCUCUCUCUCUCCCUCCCUCCUCCUCCUCCUGCUCCUUCCCUGCUUCCCCCUGUGUGUCUCUCCUUCUCCUCCUCCUGUGUGUGUUGGUGGUGAGUGAAGGGGAGACCUGGGGUGGACACACAAUGGAGAGAAGUGCCUGUGGCAACUGGGCCGUUGUGCUGCCGAGAGGGGGAGGGGGCGGAGAGAAGACCGGCACACAGAGGAGCUAACGCAGCCAGAAACAGACAGAGAAGAGAGACAGAGGGGGAGAGAGAGAGAGAGAAACGGAGAGAGACAGCGCCAGUGAGAGAGAGAGAGAGAGAGAGAGAGAGAGAGAGCUAGCCUGCCUGGCUGCCCAAGGCCUCCCCUCCUCCUCCCCUGCUGCCUGGGCUGAGCUCAGCUCAGCGCUCUCUUCUCUUUCACUCGUUGUCACUCGGUGCCUUUCUUUCUCGCUCGCGCCGACCGACCGGCUCCUGGGCUCCCUUCAGUCCAUUUUUCUUUUUGGAGAAAGGGGGGAAAGUCCCUCUCUUUUCCACAGCACUAUGGAUUAAGAUCCGCGAGGGUAUGAGUGUGAGGGAGACUGUGAGUGUCUUGGCUCCAUGGAUUGCUUUGGGAUAUACGAGUCCAUGCCGGAGAUUCUGAGAAGGAACACUUCCAGUGUUUGGGGCUGAGAAGGAAUACCAAACUACUUCUUUUUCUGGUCUUGUUUUUUUUUCACUCCUGUCUGGUCCGUCUCCCUUUUUGGCUUUCAGUUUUGUUUUCUCUCUGAGGCGCUCCAUAAAUGGAUUACAAGAUGCAUUCGAAAUCAAAUGAUCUGCUGGAUUUUCAGACACUGGAUGCUCUUUUGGAGAAAAUAGCCCAUUAUUCCGUGGCAGUGAAAAGAGAUCCCAGUGAGGAGUGCAAUGGAAUCAGUGGUCCGCUCUCAGUGGAGUCGGCACCCGCUUCACGGCUAAACGACUGGUGUCCCGCCGGCCCGCCCUCCGCCCCUGUGCCCGCGCCACACUUCGCUAGCAUGGGGGACGGCAUGGAAGCAGCGCAGAUGUCGGGCACCACUAGCAGCGGCGGCACGGGCGCAGGUGCGGGCACUGGCCAGGGGCAGCCCGCCGGCGCCGGCGCCCAGGGCCUGCACCCCUCCGGCAUCAACCCGCCUGCCCCCGAGACGUCCAACCCUACGCGGCCCAAGCGCCAGACCAACCAGCUGCAAUACCUGGCCAAGGUGGUGCUCAAGGCCCUGUGGAAGCACCAGUUCUCGUGGCCCUUUCAGGCUCCUGUAGACGCUAUCAAACUCAACCUCCCUGAUUACUACAAAAUAAUUAAGGUUCCUAUGGACAUGGGAACAAUCAAGAAGCGUCUUGAGAACAGCUACUACUGUAACGCCCAAGAAUGUAUCACCGACUUCAACACCAUGUUCACCAACUGCUACAUUUACAACAAGCCCGGGGACGAUAUUGUCCUGAUGGCCGAGGCCCUGGAGAAGCUCUUCCUGCAGAAGAUCUCAGAGAUGCCCACCGAGGAGACCGAGAUUGUCGUGAUGGCGGGAAAGGGACGCGGCCGGGGCAGGAGCCGAGAAGCAGCAAGCCUUAACUUGAAGCCAGGCUCCCUCCUGGACUCUCCCUCCUCGACCCCCCAGACGCGCGGCCUGUCCGGCAUGCCCCCAGGACCGCAGACCAGAGGCCUUCCACCCCAGGGUCUAUCCCAGGGUCCACCCCAGGGUCUACCCAAGGUUCUACCCCAGGGUCUAUCCCAGGGUCCACCCCAGGGUCUACCCAAGGUUCUACCCCAGGGUCCACCCAAGCUACCUCCCCAGCCCGCCAUGCAGCCCGUGCCCUCCCGCGUGCCCCCCAUGAUCCCCACGCACGCCCCCCAACUGGGGCCGCCCUACUCGCUGGACUCCCUGGACUGCCCCCCUCAGCCCCGCGCCUCCCAGCCACGCCCCCCUCAGCUGCCCCGCACCACCCCUCAGCCCCCUCCCAUCCUGACUCCCCUGCCUCCCCUGCCUCCACUGCCCCCCGCCCAGACGGCACUGCCCCCCGCGCCCAUGCCCACCAUCCCCUCGAUGCCACCCCUGGCCCUGCCCAUUCAGCAGAACGCCGCGCCCAUCCUGCACAGUGCCCUCCCACAGCCCAAAAAGAAGAGCCAGAAGAGGAAAGCCGACACGACGACGCCGACGGCCAACGACCAGUUAAGCGAGUCGUCGCCCGCCGAGUCCAAGUCGGGCAAGACGCUGCCGCGACGCGAGAGCGCGCGGCCCGCCAAGCUGCCCAAGAAGGAGGCGCCCGACUCGCAGCAGCACCAGCUGGGCAUGCUAGGAUUGCCGCCCGUCAGCUCCGUUGUCGGCGGCGGCGUGGUGGCCAUCUCCGGCUCGGUGUCCGUCUCCGUGUCCGGCUCGCACAGCCCCAAGCAGCAGGAGCAGCUGCGGCACUGUCACAGCAUCGUCAAGGAGAUGUUCCACAAGAAGCACUCGCUCUACGCCUGGCCCUUCUACAAGCCCGUCGACGUGGACGCCCUGGGCCUGCACGACUACCACGACAUCAUCAAACACCCCAUGGACCUAAGCACCAUCAAGGCGAAGUUGGAAAACCGACAGUACCGGGUAGCAGAGGAGUUUGCGGCUGAUGUGCGGUUAAUGUUCUCUAACUGCUAUAAGUACAACCCUCCUGACCAUGAAGUGGUUAACAUGGCACGGAAGCUACAGGACGUGUUCGAGAUGCGCUUCGCCAAGAUGCCCGACGAGCCGGAGGUGGCUCCGGCCCCGGCCCCUGCCCCCAUCCUGCACCCCGCCCCUGUCAAGACGCAGCCCACUCUGCCCCCACCCUCCUCCUCGGACUCCUCCAGCGACUCCUCCUCGGAGUCCGACUCCUCCACGGACGACUCGGAAGAGGAGCGGGCCCAGAGGCUGGCUGAACUGCAGGAGCAGCUGAAGGCCGUCCACGAGCAGCUGGCUGCCCUGUCUCAGCCGCAGACCAGUAAACCAAAGAAGAAGGAGAAAGAGAAGAAGGAGAAAAAGAAGGACAAGCACAAAAAGAAGGCGUCGGGCAUGUCUGCGCUGGACGAGAUGCCGGAGAUCCCCCAGAUCCCUGCCUUGCAGCCCCCCAAGAAGAGCAAGAAUAACAACAAGGACGCGCUGACCAAGAAGACCAAGAAGCUUGGUAAAAAGGAAGGAGUGAAGAAUAACCGCUCCAUCCCUGCGCCCGGUGCCAUGCCCCCUACGCUGCAGCCUGUGACGGGGCUGGACACGGAGGAGGAGCUGCUGGGGAACGGAGGAGCCCCUGACAAGAGCAGGCCCAUGACCUACGAGGAGGUCAGCAACACUUACACGAAGCGUCAGCUGAGCCUGGACAUCAACAAGCUGCCCGGGGACAAGCUGGGCCGCGUGGUGCACAUCAUCCAGGCGCGCGAGCCCUCGCUCAAGAACUCCAACCCCGACGAGAUCGAGAUCGACUUCGAGACGCUCAAGCCCUCCACGCUACGAGAGCUGGAGAGAUACGUGUCGUCGUGCCUACGCAAGAAGAAAAAGCCUCCAGAAAAGCCAGUGGAAACGAUAAGUGCCACGAAGAUCAAGGGCGCAUCGUCUGACUCGGGGAGUAGCAGUGAAUCCAGCUCUUCAGACAGUGACGACUCUGAGACAGGUGGGCCACAAAGCGUGACCAUCUCACUCAAACAUGCAAAUGAAAAUGGAAUGGCCACCAAACAGAAGAAGAAAGGCCACUCGGAGAGCCGGAAAGAGAGCAAGAAAUCCCACCACCACCAUCACCAGCAGCAGCAACAGCAGCCGCUGCCUGUCCCAGGCCUGUCCCAGCCCCACAUCGCCCCCCAGCUGCAGCCCCAGGUAUUGCAGCAGCCUAUGGCCCAGCUGAAGCAGGAGCGGCACCCGUCGCCCGUAGCCUACAUGCCACCGCCCCCUGUCACGGCCCUGGAGUCCUCCCAGCUCCUGGAGAACACCUUGGACACUCUGCCCGGCUUCGGGCAGCACCUCAUGCACCUGCAGCAGUCCUCGUCCCCCGCCGGCCCCCCGCCGCACCUGGGCCCCCCGCAAACGGGGCCCACCGUCUCCCCCAACGCUCCUCACCCCUUCCUCAACCAGCACCCCAUACUCACCUCCCCAGCCCUCCACAACGCCCUGCCUCAGCAGCCUUCUCGGCCCAGCCACCAGGCGGCAGCGCUACCCCCCAAGCCCCCUCAGCAGCAGACCAUGUCGCAACAGCAGCCGCCCCAAGCCCCGCAACAGCCCCUCCAGCUGCAGCCCCAAAGCCAGCCGCCCCCUCAGCCCCCUCCACAGCCCCAGCCCCAACAACACCACCACCUGGCCCCCCACCUCCUCCACCCGCCGCAGCCCCUCCCUCGCCAGCGGCCGCUCUCCCCGCCCACGCUCACCCCGCAGAACCUGCUCUCCUCGCAGCCGCCCCAGGCGCUGCUGGAGGACGACGAGGAGCCGGGACCCACGCUGCCCCUCAACCCCAACAACCUGCAGCUCUUCCUGCAGCAACUGCAGGGCAGGCAGCAGCAGCAGCAUUUGCAGCAGACCUCCCUGCUGCAGUCCCUGCCUAAUAGACAACAACAGCCACCGCAGCAGCAGGCACCGCAGCCUCCUCUGCUGCAGUCGGUGCAGGUGCAGUCCCAGCUGGUGCCCCCCCAGCUCCCCGUUCAGCCCCCGCCUUCCCAUCAGCCCUCCAACCAUCAGCAGCAUCAGGGCAGACACAUGCAGCAGCAGCAGCAACAGCAGCAGCAGCAGCAGCAGCAACAUCCACCGCAGCCACAACCAACGCCACAGCAGCCGAUGGGCUUCUCGCAGAGCCCCAUGGCCAGCUCGCAGCCGCAGCCCCUACACCCCCACAAGGUCUCCAUUCCCUCCGGUAAAGCACAGCCCAUCAUCCAGAAACAGCAGCCGCCACAGACACAGCAACAGCAUCCCUCGCCACGUCAGCACAAGGCAGACCCCUACAGCACAGGUCACCUGAGGGACUCUCCACUCAUGGUGCAUUCCCCACAGAUCUCCCAGUACCACCCCUCGCCACCACACAACCUGCAGCCCAAAAAAGUGAGUCAGAGGCCUCCAUCGUCUCUGGUGGGUUCAAUAAAGGAGGAGAAGCUUCCGCCGUCCCCCGUGAUGCCGGUGGAGCCCUUCAGCCCCGCCCUGAGACCGGACACACACAAACACCCCGACACGAAAGCCAUGUCCGGCCACGGACCACAGAGAGAGCCCAAGUCUGAGAGCUCGCGGCCUGUCAUCCGCUCCUCAGAGUCCAGCAUGCCUCCCAUGCAGGACGACAAGAAGUUCAAGCAGGAGUCUAAAACGUCCGUCGCACCCAAGAAAGGACAGGACGUGAAGCUGAAGAACAUGGGCGGCUGGGCGAGCCUGGUCCAGAAGUCCACCUCCUCUGGGCCGUCGUCGGGGUCCAAAGCGUCCAGCGAAAGCUUUGAGCAGUUCCGGCGUGCGGCGCGCGAGAAGGAGGAGAGGGACAAGAGGGAGAAGGCCAUGAAGGCCCAGGCCGAGCAGGCCGAGAAGGACCGCAUGCGGCGCGAGCAGGACAAACUACGGGGUCGAGGGGACGAUGAGGACGUGGUGCUGGAGCCCAGUAGCGGUCGGCAGCGGCAGCACGAGGAGCCUCGGCGGAGACAGCAGCAGCAGCAGCAGGAGCAGCAGGCGUCCUCUCAGCAGCAGCAACAGCAAGCUCCGUCCUCCCAGGCCCAGCAGCAGCUUCCGCAGCAGGGCCAGGUGCACUCGCCCGCCACGCCCCAGGCCCCACCCACGCCGCCCGCCGCCCAGAGCCCCAUGGACCAGCACCAGAGGGAGAUGCUGCGGCGACGGGAGCAGGAGCGACGACGGAGAGAGGCGAUGGCAGCUAUGGUUGACAUGAAUUUCCAAAGUGAUUUAAUGGCCAUCUUUGAGGAGAACUUGUUCUGAGAAGGCUAACUGAACUUCCUUCCGGACUAAAAGGAAUUUAAAACAAAAACAAAAAAUCUGCAAAAAAAAAAAAAAAAAGAUAACGGAAAAGCAAACUUCAGACCUUUAAGUCCACUGGGAGAACCGAAAUGUUGUAAUAAAGACGUCGAAACUCAUGGGCGGGCCCACGGACAUAUUGAACCCUUUGAUCUGGCCCAAGAAAAACUUGUGGAGAAAAGGAAGAGGGGGUAAAAAACACAAAAACAGAAGGCUUGCUUGACUGACUUGACAGGCUUCAUUCAUGAGUGGAAGGACGUUCUUUCCCCUGGCCUUGUUUUGCUCAGGCCAAGCUAGCUUGCCUUGUGGCUAGCUUUACCCCCACCAGCCUCUAAACCUUCCCAUGGACGGGAGACAUUGGCAUGGCAGCAGAGGACGCGUUGGGGACGCAGUGAGCCCCGCCAGGCUGCUUUGUGAUACGGAGAAAUGGACCAUUGAGGCCAAUGCCACAACGCACCGCUGAUAACGAUUUAAAUAUUUUCAAUGACGUGUCGUUUAAGGCAUCUGUCUGUGAACUGCCAUGUGUUGUGAGAAGGGGUUAAGGAAGACAAAGAACUUUUUUUAAAGAAAUAUUAAUUUCCCUUCUUUUCUUUUUGUUUUGUUUUUUUGUUUUGGCCUUCUCUCUUGAACGCACCCAUGCAGAUUGUGGGGGUGGGGAUGGAUGGGCACUUAAUUUACAGAAUUUCAAGUUUGAGUGGCUUUUCUCCUGAGAGGAGGUGCAACUGCCUUACGCCUCUGACCUGUAAAAACACACAACAAACACAUGCUACAGUACAGUACCACAGAGCCCACUCACCUGGACAAACGAACAAAGAAAUUAUUCAUAAUUUACAAACCACAGAGGAGUGUUACAAUGUGCAGAUGUUUUUCAUUAUGUAGGAUCUACUGUAAAAAGGUAUUUUCUUAUUCUAUUACCGUUUUUUGAUUUUGAUUUUUUUUGCCUUUUCUUUUUUUUCUUUUCUUUUCUUUUCUUUUCUUUUUUUUACAUUUUAACCCUCUUAACAAUGCCAUUCUUCAUCUAUGUCUAUGCCAAACAGUUUACUUUUAUGCUGAAGUGGUGGUCUCGAAAUUCUUUUAACUUUUUGUCUUUCUUAAUUAAGAUAUAAAUAUAUUUUUUGUUCAGUCCCCCACCCAGUGGGCACAGCUAGCCUGAUUAGUAAAUAGACUAAUAUAUGCAUAACUCAGUCCCUACACACGCUGUUUAAAGGGCAAACCCCAUAAGAUAUGAUAUGCAUCCAUUCUUCUGUCCUUCAUGUCACUUAUCACCUACAGCAGACCAGAGCUCCACUCACCACAGGACCGCUCGCCUCGCUGGCAUUCAGCCUUCUCGCUGAGAUUUCUUGGGUUUGGGAUUUUAUAUACUUUCCAGUUAAUAAAGGUAAACUUUGAACAUGUA